ACCAAGAAUAAUGGAUUCUCCUGAUAUAGUUGAUAUUGGUUUGGCUGAUCUUUCUUGGGCUAAAUUUUUAAAGUCUCGAGCUUUAUACAGCAUUACAAGCUCGAACGUCACACAUCGUCUUGAGCCUUCACGUCUUGCCAUAUUGAAUAUUCUAAAAGAGCUCAAUAAUUGGAAUUCUGAGCUUUUUUUAAAUUCAUUUGUUCCAAUGGUUGUUAAAGAAGCUGAUAAAUUAAACCAAAAGAGUCUUGAUUGUACCACGUACACAACAUCAUCCGCUAUUCGAUUUGUUCUUCUUACGUGGGUUAAUAUAUUAAUCAACUUUGUUUUAUCGGCUACCACCAAUGCUGAAUCAUCGCCACAUUGGAAGAGUUUAGUAGAUGCGCAGGCAAUACUUUUGCAUUCAUUAGUUCAUGAAAGUGAAAAACGGAGAAGUGUGACUAAUAGUGCAUUAGUUGGUGUUAGGCAUUGUAUUCGCAAGAAUGCAUUACAUAUUCCCUCAUAUAUAAAAUAUCUUUCAUCCAAUAUGAGACAAUGUGAUGCUGUCUUACUUGGAACAGUUGUUGAUUGUUCUUUGCGACUCAAAAAGGAAAACGGCAAAACUUUUGUGGAAAACGCAAAGAAUGAAAUUAUACAAUUUUAUAUAACUAGUAUUGCAUCUUCUAAAACUCCUGUGCCACAAACAUCAAAGGAUGCACUACGUGAUUUUAUAAAAUAUAUAAUCACGGAAGAUGAUUUUCAGACAAAGUUGAUUCCGGUUUUCGAAAAACUUCUCCUAAGAGCGCCUGAAAUCGUAUUGAGUGUGGUACAAAAUGAUGCAAUAAUAUUAUUAAAUAUACUUAUCGAAAAAAGUCGCAAUGAUGACAUUCUAGUCGAUAUUGUUAAGGACAUUCUCCAAGCAUUAAGUGGAGGGACUGCAAAAGUGGCCAACCCAGAGCAUCGCUUCAUCUUAUUUAGAACUUUGAGUCACAUAUAUCAAACACCUAACCUCUCCAAAACUGUGAUUGAAGGAUUAUUACCAAUUAUUUUAAAGGAAAGCCAUGAAUACUCUUUAGCUAAGGCUAUUGAUACUCUAGGCUUACAUCUUAAAUUAUUAUUAAAAACGGAAGAUCAAAUUCUUAUCGAAAAAGUUACAGGUUUUAUUAUAGAAGGAUUGGCUAGUGCCAAAACCGGCGAGAGGAAAGCAUGGGCUACUGUAAUAGGGCGACUUGCAUGGGAAGAGACAGGAUAUCCAUCGGUCUCACUUCGUAAUGUAAUUUUAAAAUCCCUUGUACCCCUUAUGUCGACUGUGGAAAAAAUUCAAGCCAAUGCACUUAAUUUUAUUGGUGGGCCAAUUGAAGGUUAUAUAUUAGUUGCCAUUGUAGAAGGAAGAGCAAAAUGUUGGAAUGAUGAUGAAAUCAAUGAAUUAAUUCGAGCAAGGAAAUUUAAACAAAACAUUUUGGCUACUUCACCCAAACUUUCAUUUUUGUUUUGGGAUAAGAUAUAUUCAAAGCUUGCUACUAUUGAUGAGAGUAGUUGGUUUAUUCGAUCUCUUGAAAGCAUAAUUCUUAAUCAAGAUGAUGAUGGUUCAUUGCAAAAAGAGGAUAUCAAAGUGUACAUAGCUACUGCCUUUAUAUAUAUGAUAUCGACAUCUCGUCAGGCUUGUCGUGAGGCGUACGAUACCCUUAAGACAUGCCUCCAAACAAACCCAAAUUUUGUGGGCGAAAUAGUUCGGAAAGGAUUAACUAAUUGGGUGUUUAACCUAGAAAAGAAUGUUAAAGAUUCUACGGCAGUAUUAGCUUCGGCAACUGCGCAUGCAGAUCCUGCCGUUAAUGCGUAUAGGCUCUCAAAAGUGCUCACUGCCAUCACUACUUUUACUGAAAAAGUUGACAUAUCAGAAGUAGAAAAAUCACUUGUUGAGUUAAUA